AUGGGCGAUCACGAGUUCCACGCAUCCCUCCCGGACUUCAAGCACAGUCUUCAGGGAUUGCCCUACAGCGAGACCAGGGCGUCCAAACCUCCCAUCCGGGUCACGCGCUCGACCUCGUCCUUACUUCGCGAAAUCGAGAAGCCACAGCCCUCUCCGCCGACCGGGGAUACCGCGUCGCUCUCCUCCAAUAAGAGAUACAAUUUACACGCGUCGUUGCCACAGGAUGGAGACGCCCCUCGCAUUCAGGCCGCCGGGCCAGAUUCAAUCUCCGCGAGGGAAAGUCAGACCAGCACAACUCUGAGUCUCAACACAAGAACCCCCACUCUGUCGAGUCUUACGUCUGCCACGGUCAGCAUUCCUCAGAUCCGUUUCGAUGAGCCCGCUGUCCGAACCUCCCCCGUCGACCGCAGCAGCAAUUACAGUACUGGCGACGACAGGAGAUGGUUGUCACUGAAACCGUACACAUCGACUUCGGCUGCAUCAGGAAAAGACGUUGGCGCAAACACACCCGGCACGUUCAAGGCACUGUCGUUUGAUGUCAGUAUUCCUACAACUGGAUUUGGCGAGGAGCUCCUGCCGACGAACAGCAUUGAAUUCUCGAAAAGGGGGAGCAUGCUUAUCGAUGGCCGAAGGGUGAACCAGUCAAGUCGCAAAACGUCCCCCAAUCUCUCCGCCAUCAUGGACGAAGAGAGAGUGGAAGAGGAGUCCAAUUUGGCAAAGACUUCGGCGCCAGAAUCUACUCCGGCACCCACUCCAAGGCCUGCCCCGAAUGAUCGCUCAAAUGCAAAGGUGCUCUCGGCGGAUGAAGAGAUGUUGUCAGAGAAGGUCCGGGCAUUCUACGCUGCAGGAACAGAUGGGCAGCAAGAGACAGAGUCCAACACCAAUCUGGCGGUACGAAUGGGAACGCGAUGGCAGUCGACGCUGGGAGCCGAUACCCGCAGUGUCAGCAUACCGUCUCUAUCACGGGCUACCUCGACCACUGACAUGAAUGACGAAAUGACCAGCUUGCGACAACCAAGCAUGGCGGGUUCCAUCUCCCAGUCACACAUACUGCUUGAGCGCGAGGAGUAUGAACUAGCCGGAGGCCUCGAAGACUGGAAAGAUGUCGACGCCCAAGAAAUCGACCGCUACGGUUUUAUCAUUGCCAAGACACCUGCCACCGCCGGCGCCGAUGAAUCCAAACCCCAGCGACUCACUCGGGUAACCACGAGUCUACAAAUGGCCAGUGAAACACCACGACGGAAAAGGACGCUCCGGCGCACGCCCAGCAGUGCGCAUGGCUCGAUGCGGUCCGUACAGAGUAAAACCGGGACAGCCGAGACGACGCCGCCUCGACCCAUGAGUUCUCAGAGCGGAUAUGCCGGCACACCACGCCGACGAGCAUCGUCCCGCCUCCCCGUUCCUGGCUCCCGGAAUCGUCGUCUGAUGGAUUCGGCGAUGGAUAUGCUCACGCUCCCCACUUCAGCACAACAAACGGUCGAGGACGGACACGUGCACAUCUCUAAUGCGCGCGCCCGGCGGAAGGAGCUCGAGCGUGAAGAGAAAUGGCGACGUAUGGCUCGUGCGAAACCGCCGUCCAAGGAUCCCAAGACUGGCCUUCCCCUUGUUGGAGCAGGCUCAGAGAGCGAAUAUACAUUCGACGUCUCAAGCUCCAAACUCAUCGAGCGCACGUGGAAAGGCAUUCCUGAUAAGUGGCGCGCCACGGCAUGGCACUCGUUCCUCAGCACGUCCGCGUCGAAACGGAAGAACCAGCCCAGUGACGCAGAGUUGACCUCCCUCUUCCAUCUGUACCAAGACCAACCCUCGCCAGACGAUGUGCAAAUCGACCUCGAUGUGCCGCGCACUAUCUCCAGUCAUAUCAUGUUUCGGCGGCGGUACCGAGGCGGUCAGAGACUCCUGUUCCGCGUCUUGCACGCCAUGUCCCUCCACGUCCCGGCCACAGGGUAUGUUCAGGGCAUGGCGGCUCUCGCCGUCACGCUCCUGGCGUACUACGACGAAGAAAAGGCCUUCGUCAUGCUCGUGCGCAUGUGGGAGCUCCGAGGUCUCGGUCAACUAUACGCGUCUGGAUUCGGUGGGCUGAUGUCUGCGCUUGAUGACUUUGAGAAGGGAUGGCUUGGAGAGGGCGAGGUGGCGAAGAAACUGGAGGGCUUGGGCAUAGGGCCCACGGCGUACGGGACGAGAUGGUAUCUUACGCUGUUCAACUAUACUGUGCCGUUUCCCGCACAAUUGAGGGUGUGGGAUGUUUUCAUGUUGUUGGGCGAUGAUACGACCGUGGCCACAGCGCCGCCUCCGAGUCGAGGGACGAUGUCCUCCAAACGAAAGGAUGGGCCAGAUGGGGCGGAAGAGCCGAACUUCGGCACGACUUUGAAUGUUUUACACGCGGCGAGCGCGGCGCUGAUUGACGGCAUGCGCGAUAUACUGUUGGAGUCGGACUUUGAGAACGCGAUGAAGGUAUUGACCAGUUGGAUCCCGAUUCAGGACGAGGAUCUGUUCAUGAGGAUUGCACGCGCGGAGUGGAAAGUCCAUCACGCAAAGUUGGCCAAAGGCCGAUGA